AUGACAUGGUUCAAGAGGCGAGCAAGAAGGGCCGCUCCCGACAAUUCUAACUUAGGAAUGGGUCAACGAGUUCGAAGAGGCGCGACCUUGCUCUUCGCCAUGACUAACGACACCUUCACCAUGACCAUCUAUGGUCACGGUGCGCAAAUAUACGGCUGCUGCGUACCCUCGUUCCGAAGCGUCCGAAAACCCAUGAAAAGGACGCUGUAUACUUCCCUGGAGGAAGCA